GCAUUUGAAUAAUUUAUGAUUUUACAGAACCUUUCAAAUCAGCUGAGAAGAGAAGUAAGAGCUUUAUUGCACAUUUUGCAGAAGUCAAAUCUAUUGUCACCAUCAUCCUGCAAUGUACAUGUAGGUCAAGGUAAUAGAAAUGUGCAUUUUCUGCACACAAGUUCUCGGUUCAACGACCAAAAUAACCCCAGAGAAAACCAAAGACACGGUGAAGAAGAAGAAUCGUCUCCCCAUGGCUCGGAGGGAGAUAAUGUGCGGACCGUCAUCGCCCUACUUGUCAUCCUCACUCUUCUGAAUUUGCUAUCAAAAGGCGAAGAAGCCCAGAACAUUUCCUGGCAGACGUUUCUCAAUGAAAUGCUAGCUAAAGGAGAGGUAAAAUCUGUGUCUGUGACUUACUAUGAUGGUAAAGAUGGAUCCUCAUCCAACCCAGCCUCUGAUGUUGUCCGAGUGUUUCUUCAUGAUGGAGCAAAAGUCUUUGGACGUCAGGUUGGAAGAGGUAAUCAGCCUGCCUACUACCGAAUGAGAGUUGGCAACAUUGCCACGUUUGAAGAGAAGCUGAGAAGAGCUGAAGAAGAACUAGGAAUACCACCAAAUGACAGAAUUCAAAUUAAGUACAGCCAUUCAAGUCCAGAGGGUGUGAGCAACAUAUUGCUGACCCUUGUAUUUCUUGGGGCUUUGUUGUAUUUGUUCCGGGCAGCCAUGAAGAGUAGUGGUGGAAUGAAUUCAUUAAUGCAGAUAACAAAACCAAAAUUCACUAUAAUUGAUUCAAAGGGCAAGGGUGUCACAUUCAGUGAUGUUGCUGGGCUGAAAGAAGCUAAGCAGGAAGUCAUGGAGUUUGUAGACUACCUCAAAACACCACAGAAAUUCCAAGAACUAGGUGCUAAGGUUCCAAAGGGAGCACUCUUGCUAGGUCCCCCAGGAUGUGGUAAGACUCUGCUGGCCAAAGCGGUUGCUACUGAAGCUGAUGUGCCAUUCUUGGCCAUGGCUGGCUCAGAGUUUGUAGAGAUGAUUGGUGGACUUGGAGCAGCAAGGGUCCGCAAUCUGUUCAAAGAAGCAAGAAAGAGGGCUCCUUGUAUUGUUUAUAUUGAUGAAGUAGAUGCGAUAGGAAGGAAAAGAACAGAUAAUGCUUCAGCAGGAGGGUCUGGGGAAGAGGAGCAGACAUUGAACCAACUUCUUGUGGAGAUGGAUGGCAUGGGAACCCAGAAAGGAGUCAUCAUGCUGGCCUCCACUAACAGAGCUGAUGUACUAGAUAAAGCCCUGCUUCGUCCAGGUCGAUUUGACAGACACAUUCUCAUUGAUACUCCAACACUAGCUGAGCGAAAGGAGAUCUUUGAGCAACAUCUGAAGGCCCUCACACUUGAGAAACCGCUAGAGGCUUACUCUAAGCGGCUAGCCCAACUUUCCCCAGGGAUGAGUGGAGCAGACAUUGCAAAUAUUUGCAAUGAAGCUGCCUUGCACGCAGCACGGGAGAACAACAAGGUCAUAACGGGAGAAGACUUUGAAUUUGCAGUUGAACGCAUAGUUGCUGGAGCAGCCAAAAAAAGCACCUCCCUGUCGAAGGAGGAGAGACUCGUCGUAGCAUAUCAUGAAUCAGGGCAUGCAUUGACCGGUUGGCUACUAGAACACACGGAUGCAUUGAUGAAGGUUUCCAUUGUACCUCGUGCAAAUGCAGCACUAGGAUUCGCACAGUACCUUCCAUCUGAUCAGAAAUUAUACACCAAAGAGCAACUGUUUGAUAGAAUGUGUAUGGCCCUUGGUGGAAGAGUGGCUGAGUCUAUUAUCUUCAAUAGAGUAACAACAGGUGCUCAAGAUGACCUGAAGAGAGUAACCAAGAUGGCAUAUGCUCAAGUGCGUACAUAUGGGCUGAGUGAUGUCGUAGGCAAUGUGUCAUUCCCUGAGGUGGAAUCGAAUGAAGUUGGUAAGAAGCCAUACAGUCAACAUCUACAGCAACUCAUUGAUAUGGAGGUGAACAAAUUAGUUGCUCUAGCAUAUAAACAGACAGAGAAAAUUUUGCUUGAAAACACAGAUACACUGAAAAAGCUUGCAGCAACACUGUUUGAGAAAGAGGUUUUGAAUUACGACGACGUUGUGGCAUUGAUUGGCCAACCAGCUUAUGGAGAAAAAAAGAGAGUUGAAUUCGAUGAAUUUGAUCUUGUCGAUACGGCCGAGGAAAAUUCCAAAUCAGAAGACUAAUGAAUAUAACAUGUGUAAAAGUGUAGCUAUAACAGAUCAUCGAAAUAGAGCAAGUAGAAAAAAAAGCUAUAAAUGUUACAGCAAGUGUACAUCCCUUGCGGAUGUACGGUUGUUGUGGAUGGCUCCUCGCAGGAGCUAGAUGUGACUCCAUAUCUAGGUCAGUUGAAAUUAAGGGGGUUUUGGAAGGUAAACUCGAUCUAGGAGAUUAGCAGCUGGAGGGAUUAGUAGGUGAACUUCAUGAUCUCUUCCCAUUCAAUCAAUGUGUAAUCAUAACUUUCAUGAUUUAUACUUUGUUUGAUAUCGUGUUGACCUGAAUGUUGUAUGUCUACAUGUCAACAAGAGGUUUAUACUAUUGCUAUUUCCACCCUGUUUAUAAUGAUAUUUAAUACCUUGUUCACUAAGUUGAAUUCAAUUGCUUAUGAUAGUAUUGAGUGAUUCUAUUCCUAUUAUAGCCACAAACUACAUUGGAAACAGAUGCGUUGUAAUGAACAACAGGAGGAAUAUAUUCCUAUUUUCCCUAAUGAUUCAAUUCAUUAUAUACAAUAUCUUGUUUGAAUAAAUUGUUUAUGAUAGCAUAA